ACGUACGAAUACAUAAAUAGCCCCUUUCCUCUCCAAUCCUUCUCGCCGCUUUACUUCUUGCUUCUUCAACUUCAAGUCGCCGAAGCUUUCAUUGCUGUCUAAAUCACAGAGCGAAGAUGGAGCAGACCUUCAUCAUGAUCAAGCCCGAUGGCGUCCAAAGAGGCCUGGUUGGCGAGAUCAUUGCUAGAUUUGAGAAGAAAGGUUUCUCUCUGAAAGGUUUGAAACUUGUAUCUGUGGAGCGUGCAUUUGCUGAGAAGCACUAUGCCGACUUGUCCGCAAAGCCCUUCUUCAAUGGCCUGGUUGAAUACAUCAUCUCUGGUCCUGUUGUUGCAAUGGUUUGGGAGGGUAAGAAUGUUGUGCUAACUGGUCGGAAGAUCAUUGGAGCUACAAACCCCGCUGACUCUGCUCCUGGCACCAUCCGUGGAGAUUUUGCCAUCGAAAUCGGCAGGAAUGUGAUCCAUGGCAGUGAUUCAGUUGAGAGCGCAAGGAAGGAGAUUGCUCUGUGGUUCCCUGAAGGCGCAGUGGCGUGGAGCAGCAGCCUUCACCCUUGGAUCUAUGAGUGAUUUUGCUUCUGAGAGUCAGCUAGCAACUCUCUCUUUGUCUGUCUCUGUCUGUGUCUCUGUCUGUUUGUGCGUUUAGUUUUGGUUAGUCUGUCAUUUGAGACUGAUAUAUGAGGCCUCAUAUUUAGUGCUGUUUUAUUGACAGUGAUGAAGAAACCAUAAGAUGGGCGUUUGCAUUAAAUUGGAAGUGAAAAGGGUUCCCUCAA